AGUGCAGUGAAACACAGUGUACUGGAGUACAGUAUAGCAGAGUUCAUUAGUUUACAGUGCAGUAAAGUGCAGUGAAACAGUGUACUGGGUACAGUACAACACUUUAGACUGCAACUCAGUAAAGUGUAGUGAAACAGUGUAUUAGAGUACAACAAAACAGUACAACUCUUUAGACUACAGCAGAGCAGAAUACAGCUCCGUACUGCAGGGAGGAAGACACCUCUCUGCUGUCUCCCCUCUGCGUGUGGCACAGCGUGCCGGGAGCCCUGUUUCUCUCCCCGAAGGGGCCCCUUUCUCCACCGAAGCUGUUUCCCUCAAUAUACAUGGACCAUGAGGAGGAUGACGACGUCAACUUCGCCAAGUGGAUGAGCAGCUUCUGGGGCCACAGCGUGGGGGAGGAGCGCCCCCGGGAGCGCAGGCCGAGCUGGAGACGCUCGUCCAGGCCACCGAGCGACCGCCGCGCCUCUCUGCCCUGCCCGGCCCAGCUUGAUGCCAUGCACCUGCGGCAGCUCCAGGCAGCCGCCACGACCCCCUCGCCGGGCCACCCAGGGCCUCGGGACGAGAAGGACGUCCGGCCCCACCCGAAAGCCCGCCGCACCUCCUCGACCGACGAGAGUCGACGCAAGUCCUCCGUGCCGGAGAACCACUUCACCCCCAUCCGCGAGCUGUCCGAGUCCUUCGAGCGCCGGCUACACUUCCGCAGCAGACAUGCCGUGUCUCUGGGGGCGGCCGACGAGCUCUGCGUCAUCUGUCAUGACGAGCUGAGCACCGGAGGCGUCAGAGAGCUGCAGUGCGCGCACCGCUUCCACAAAGAGGGGGAUGAGCGCCAGGUCAGCCGCCAGCCCUCCCUCCGCCGACAGCGCUGAGCGGGAGAGGGAGGCCCCCGCCCUGCCCCGCCCCUUUUCUUCCCUACAGCCUCCGAGAUUCACACAGGCACACAGAUCCGGGCAAGAAAUUAAUCCAAGCCAAAACUGGGUCAACGCAAGCACCGUGUUCUCCUCUCCCCAUCUUCCUCGAUGUCCUCGAGUAGGAUCCACUGGGUCCGGUUCCCUAACGGGACAGACAUGCCAAAUUUCACCAUAAUCCGGGGUGCAGGUCGCGCAGUGGAGUGCGGAGGGAAGCUUUGUUCCAGGACCACGGACUCCUUUCUUUCUUCUUCAUUAAACAAGCCACAAUUCACCUUUCUUUCCUUCCAUCCUGCUCGGGACCUUGGCACAGCUUCCUGUGCUACGACAGCUGUCAGUGCUCAGCACUCUUCUCCUGGAUCCAGAAAGAACUGAAGUACAUAGAAUACAUGUCUCUGUGCUGGGUGCUUCAGAUACAGUUGAUCCCAAAACACUUUCUGGACUUUCUGGGGUUUUUUUUAAGAAGUCUUUAAACCGCAAAAAGUGGUCAUUCUCCCUGCAGGGCCUGGCUGCCUGUAAUCAGCAGUAGAUUACUGACCUGCUAAUACAGCUUUGGAAUAUAGGGGCUGGCGAUUUGAUUGUACAGCUUCCGUGUCAGAUACAACAUUUGCUUGCCACGUGGUAUUGUAAUCAGGAAGCAAUAAUUAAGUUGUAUCAUUUUAACAAAUUUAUAUUUAAGGUGCCAUAUAAAACUAGGCCGAAAAUCCAGGUGACUCAAGCCAAGUGCAUUUUUCUACACUGAGCGAAAACAAACCUGAAUAAUUCCACACUUUUUAGUUUUCCAGGUCUUCAAAUUCUAACACCCGUGUGUCCUCACCUGUCUGAAGGAGGCAUGCUAGUUACACACAUAUUGUACCUUUUCCCACCUCAUCUGAAAGAAUUUUACCAAACCAGAAAUGCAUUCAAGAAAGUUAUGUUUUGUGAACUCAAGUAUGAAUAUUGACCGAUUCAGCAUUUUGAGGGUGACUUUACUGUCGUUGGAAUAAUGGCAUGACUUAGAUUUUGGGUGAGUCACAAAUAAAGGUCAACAACCAUCCAAAUCUGUAAUCUGCUGUUAACCUGAACCUUUUUUACAACAAUGGUCAUUUAAUGGCUGUAUUACUUUGUAACGCUUCGUCUUGUUAAUGUUAUGUACUGAGUAGAGUUGUGUCUGUAGGUUCCCACAUUGGCAGCUCUCUUGGGAUGUAUAAAUAUUGCAACUGCUGUGUACAAUGACAAUGAAGUUACUGAUGCUGAAAGUGAAUAAAAUAUCGAAUUGUGUCAAGAAAUCUGAGCCUCUUCUUUUAGGCUGUCCUGGUUAAGCUAAGAGACCUGAGUCAUCUCUUGGAAUUUCAUGUAAGACUGU